AUGGCCCCGCAAAAGCGAGCUAAAAGGCCCGGCUUGUUGUCUACAGGCCGGCCUCCAAUCGCCAAAUCCAAAGAUGCCGCGCUUUCAGCCAAAGCGACUCGUACCCUGAUUCGUUCUCACCACCGGCUUCUCAAAACCCGAGCUCAAGCUCUGAAAGCAGGUGACGAAGCCCGAGUGAGCAGCAUUGAUGCUCAGAUUCAGGCCAAUGGUGGCUUGGAAAGCUACCAGGUCGCCAGCAAACUGGGUCAAUCCAUGGACCGAGGCGGUGAUUCCAGCAAAGUUCUCAUUGAUUGGAUCAAGCCAGAACUCAAGGAAUUCAACAAGGAAAUGCCCAAGCUCCGGGUCCUUGAAGUCGGAGCCCUGAGUACAAAGAAUGCCUGCUCUAUGAACCCUGCUUUGGAUGUUACGCGAAUCGAUUUGAACUCGCAAGAGCCUGGGAUUCUCAAGCAGGAUUUCAUGGAGCGACCUUUGCCAUCUGGCGACGAAGAGAAAUUCAACAUGAUCAGUCUGUCUUUGGUGCUUAAUUACGUCCCCGAUGCCACUGGUCGUGGGGAGAUGCUCAAGCGCUGCGUUCAAUUCUUGACUUCCAAAUCGGCCUGGGAAUUUGUGCCUCGCCUCUUCUUGGUACUACCUAUCGCGUGCGUCGACAACUCGCGGUACCUCAAUGAAGAACGACUAGGCGAGAUCAUGAACUGCUUAGGCUUCCGUUUAACGCAAAGUAAACGGACUUCAAAGCUGGUGUUCCACCUCUGGGAACAUACUGGUGACUACUUGCCGAAGGCUUUCAAGAAAGAAGAGCUGAGGUCUGGCAAGACGAGAAAUAAUUUUGCGGUCAUCAUGAACAAGAAGUGA